AUGAACCGUGGUAGGGUACUCUGCCGGAAAUUAUCCGCGCAUUAUUUGAUUAAGAGCAGAAAUGAACGGAAUUAUUAUGCUCUUAAUGAGUCUUUCUACAGUCUAAAUAGCGCUAUGUAUAAAAAGGUGGAAGACUUUUCCAACUUAAAAAAUUAUUUUGUAACCCUUUUGCUGAUAAUCACCAAAAAAAUAAAAAAAAAACCAAUUAAUGUGAGUAAACCAAUCCAUAAAACUGUAAUCCGCAUGUGUAAAAUCUCGUCGACAGGGAAUAUACAAAAGAAAACACAACUUCCAUGA